CAGAAUUGAAGGAAGAGAAGAAAAAGACAUUGGAGAGAGAGAUACAAAACUUGUUCCUUCCAAUCUUGCUCGCUUUUCCCAGCAUGGAUCACCAUCACCCGUCCGUGACCAUGGGCUUGAAUCCCGGGACGGGUCCGCUCAUUGGGCAUGCCGGUGGGCCCUCUGGGGGCCACGCUUGGCCGGGCUCGGGCGGAGCCGGCACUGCCCUUCACGGGACCGGGACGAGCGGAACGGGAGUUGGGGGCGCUGCGGGUCACGCCGCCCUCAUCAUGGGACCUUCACCAGCCGGAGCGCUGUUGGGCGGAGAUGGUGAUGCCAAUUCCGCUUUGGCUGAACUCGAUCAAGGCUUGCGAUGUGGUCGAUUAGGCGAGCAGAGUGAGGCGAUCGUUCGAUUCCCCCGCUUGUUCCAAAAGUAUCCUUUCCCGAUUCUCAUCAAUUCAGCUUUGUUGAAGUUGGCCGAUGUGUUUCGCCAGGGCAGCAAUUUCAUUAAGCUCUGCGUGUUGAGUGUCAUUCAGCAGAGUCAUCGCCAUCUCGACAAGAUCACCAAUGUGGACGAGUUCGUCAAACGCAUCGUUACCGUCCUUCAUUCCAACGAUGCCAUGGCUCGAGCCCUGACCUUGAGAACACUAGGUGCUAUUGCCGAGAUCAUUCCUGAGCGAAAACAGGUGCACCACAGUAUUCGUAACGCUUUGGAUUCCCACGAUACGGUCGAGUUGCAAGGAGCCAUUUUUGCCUCGGGCAAAUUUGCCGCCCAGUCCCAGAUGUUUGCCACAAACAUGUGUGAAAAGAUCUCGGAAAUGAUCCGUGGUCAUGCCAUGCCUUUGGAAAUGAAACUAAAACUCAUUCCCAUCUAUCAGCACAUGCAUCAUGACGCUCAGACGGCCUGCGAUGUGCGCGAAACUUGCGUUCAAAUGCUGGAUGGGUAUCCCUCGGCCGAUUUCGUGUGUGUUACCCUUCACACUUUGACCCUGUUGUCCGGACGCACUUUAGUGGCCAUUCCCGACCAAGUGGAAUUGCUCUUGGCCUACCUACGAAUGGAUUCGCGAACCUCGGUCAAAAAGCGAGUUUUAGCGGACUUGCGGUUCUUGGCCAGUGAGGAUUAUGCCCAUCUAUGGUCCAUGGAUGGAUCAGCCGAGAACGUGCUGACAGUAAUUCAAUUUGCAAGUGAAUGCGAAUCAGAUGACGAGCGAUGUGGAGCCCUGUCCAUUCUGUGCGAUCUCAUUGAGCACGCAUCCAUUGAAAUGUUUUCUUUGGAAAACGCCGAAUCGCCCGUCCUGCGAUUGGCCGAGAAGUGCUGCUAUGGAACGAACUUGUUUUGCGUGGCAUACGGAACCAAGCUCAUGACCCAAAUCGCCAUUAAUUGCAAACGGGAACUUCAUUACAUCGAUGGUGUGGAUGUCAGUAGCGAAGCCAUUAUGGCCAUUGAGGCUCUCUUCCUUCUUCUGAACACCAUGAAGGUGAAAGUGUCCACCACCAAGGUGUUGAAAGAGUGCAUGAAAUGCCUCGUGCUGUUGUGUCAAGUCCACCCCGAGGCCUGCGAUCAGUUCGUGGAUAUUGUGGGCGAUGCUCUAGCGCCGGAUAAUCAGUCUAUGCCUUUGUUGUCCGAAGUAUUGGUGUCUCUUGGGCACGUGAAAUCUGGCGUUCUCAAGCCGCUCUUGCCUCAAAUCUGUCACACCAUAGUGACUCUAAGCGAGGAAGAGUCUUCGCCCAAUCGAGACCUAGUGUUCAACUUCCUUCUCACGGCUCUAUGUCAAACGAUGAAAGGCCAUUCAUGGACACCAGAGGCAAAGACGGUGCUAAAGGACUGCAUGAGCAAUUUCGAGGGCUGGUCGGCCUACCGAUUGGCUCGUAACCUGUGUCGCUACGGUCAUUUCGAUCAGGCACAACUGAUAUUUAAGGAAUUGGCAGGAUUGGUCUCAUCUGAGCACUUUUACUUUUGGCUCACAGGAAUGGAACACGUUUGUGAGGGCGAGGCCCUCUUGAGUGAUUCGGAGAACACCGAUAUAGUCGCCAGGAUCACUUCGGGCAAGUCGAGUAUACUUUUGGGCAUCGCCUCAUUUACCGCUGCCACCACUCAAUCGAAACAUCACGAGUUUCAAGUCAGUUACUUGAAAUGCCGCAGUGAAAUGCUCCAAGCAUUGGGCCAAUUGCUCUUCUCGUGCCACAGUCUCAGAGCAGCCCCACCCCCGGCCAUUGCCAGCUCUCAAGCUAAGCAAUCACAUGAUGAUCUGCAACGAUGUGGACGAAUUACACAAUUGUUACGGAAAUGCGUGCAAGACUUUUUGAAUGUGAGCAAAAUGUUCAGCGAACUCUACCAGACCUCAUUUGAUGCGGAUCCCGUCACGUUGAUUCAGCUCCAGCUCCUCCAGCAGAUCAAUGCGUCCAUUUCGAAAUGGAUUGAAGGUAUUUGUUUGAAAAGUUCCCUUCAAGGAACCAUCUUUCAAGAUCUCAGUGUCGAGUUCAACCCCAACUUGGAUAAAAGUAAAAACGACUAUGGGAUCGAGAUCCAAGACUUGAUCAACACAUGCGAAAAAGUGGCUACAUGCUUCAGAGAGAUCUCUGAUCCUUCCAUUCAACCGAUCACGAACAUUCACACGGAUUGCUUAUUUCAAGUGAUUGCUUUGCUCAUUUCUUCGCCUUUGGGGUUGCCUCGGUUCUUCUUCCAAUCCCUCCAGCAAACGCAUUUAAAACUGGCCGUCACGCCUCAACCGAGAUCGUCUGGCGAACCAGUGGGCGUGUCCACGUGUCAACAGUUUGCCAUCAAAGUGGAAGGUGUGAUCGCAGCCGCUCAUCAGACCCCCAAACCUUUCCGAACCGUGGAAUUUGUCAUGAUCUCCCUUCACUCAACCCUCGUGACUGCCAACAAAUCCUCUGGAUUGGAGGUCCGUAAGGUUUCCGAAUGUAGCCAGGCCUUGGAAGAGAAGGCCGUUCCUCACAAUGACUUCUUUACGGCCCAGUUCUUGGUCCCUUUUGCCGUGGCUGGAUUCCAUUUGGUCACGAUUGAAACUCAGCUCGUGGAUAGCGAGGGUCGAAGCUGGAGAACCGGGCAGAAAGUCACGUUGAAUAUCAAAGCGUUCGAAGACGGGCAUAAUCGUCCCUCCGUUAGACAAGGCACUCGUUAAGAACAGGAAUAAACUGUAUUCGUCGCUCUACGCUACUAUAAAAAUAUGUACAAGUAUGCUGGCAAACAAAUGUGUAAUAAGAUAAAUUGUUCAAGCGAUCGAGCAAUCAA